AUGAUUGUCGAACGCAAGGUCAAGAUUGUGACGGAGCAGCACAACAUCGACAAGCCCCCCGUCAACGAGGGGUUUCCGAUGAAGGAGUGGACGAUUGAGGUUUAUGUUUUGGACCAGGAGGGGAGGGAGAGGCCGGCGAGGUGCUUUACCAAGGUUGUUUACAACUUGCAUCCGAGUUUUGACAACCCUGUUCAGACCUUCACCGAGCCACCCUUCCGCUGCACCAACGAGGGCUGGGGCGAGUUUGAAAUGUCGAUUGAGCUCUACACGACGGAGAAGGGGGGCAAGCAGACGAUCCUGCACGACCUGAACUUUGCGGCGCCGCAGUAUGAGAAUGUGCAUUCCGUCACGUUCAAGAACCCGAGCCAGGCGCUACAGGCGCUGCUGAGGGAGACGGGCCCGCUGCCGUCGGAUGAGGAGAGGAAGCAGCUCAAGAAGGGCGGGGAGGGGAGCAAGAAGAAAAAGACGUUUGAUGUGGAGAAGAUGGCGGAUGGGCUGGUGAAGCUGAGCGAGGAUGAUUUGCUGCAGGUGAUUCAGCUGAUUCAUGACGGGAAGGACGAGGGGACGUUCAUCCAGAACAAUGUUGACCAGGGGGAAUUUUCGGUGGAUUUGUACACGUUGCCGGAUCCGUUGAUGAAGGUGCUUUGGGAUUACUUGACCCGCGCCAAUGUCCUCGGGAGGGACUAA